AUGCCAGGACGGUAUGAUUCGAGUUCUGGGACCCAAGACCUGAAUUUCCUCGAGUUUGCAGGAGACACUCAGGCCUCGCAAUACGAUUAUACCGACUUUACAGCUCCAUCACAGCAGCAGUCAUCACAAUCGCAACAACGUAAAUUCAAAAACGUCCAUCCCAGUCAGCAAACCGAAGACGAUGACGAUGAUGUAGAUGCUUCUAUUGGAUUACCGUCUUUAUCUCUGUCUUCGCAGCCUAGUCAGGUAGCUCAUGCCCAACAUCAACAUGUGGUGAAAGCAUCGAGAGCUACGGAAGAAUACGAGAACAACAUCCACGGAGAGCAGCUGGCGUUUGAAGAGCCUGAUGCUGAUGGUCUAGAGGGAGACUACAAUGCUCAGGAUUUGCCUGAUCAUGCUUGCAAAUACUGCGGCAUCCACUCGCCAUCAUCAGUAGUCAAGUGCAUACCAUGCUCGAAAUGGUUUUGUAACUCGAGAGGCAAGAUAUCGGGCUCACAUAUCAUCAAUCACUUGGUACGAGCCAAACAUAAGGAGGUCUCGUUGCAUCCUGAAUCACCGCUAGGUGAAACGGUGCUAGAGUGCUAUAAUUGUGGGUCUCGCAAUGUGUUUUUGCUAGGCUUUAUACCUGCCAAGUCGGAUACUGUUGUUGUUUUGCUUUGCAGACAACCAUGUGCGUCAGCUCCAAGCUCAAAGGACAUGACAUGGGACUUGGCUCAAUGGCUGCCAUUGAUUGAUGACAAGUGCUUCCUACCUUGGCUGGUCAAAGUACCUACAGACCGAGAGCAGAUGCGUGCGAGACAAAUCACGAAUGCUCAGAUUGCCAAAUUGGAGGAAUUGUGGAAGGACAAUGGGAGUGCUACUGUUGAAGACUUGGAACGCCCUGGUGUUGAUGAUGAGCCUUUACAGGUCUUGUUGAGAUACGAUGACGCGUACCAAUACCAAAACAUAUAUGGACCACUUGUAAAAAUGGAAGCUGACACGGAUCGUCGUCUCAAAGAAUCACAGACUCAAGAAGAUGUGGUGGUUCGUUGGGAUAUGGGUCUUAAUAUGAAGCGAGUCGCACAUUUCGUAUUGCCCAAAUUGGAACAAGGUGAAAUUCGUUUGGCUGUUGGCGAUGAGAUUAUAUUGAAGUAUCGUGGUGAGCUUCAUGCUCCUUGGGAGGAUGCUGGUCCUGUGAUUAAGAUUCCAAACAACUUGUCCGAUGAAGUAGCGUUGGAAUUACGAAAGAAUGAUAAUGUACCUACUGAUUGUACUCAUGGUUUCACGGUUGACUUUGUGUGGAAGUCUACUUCGUAUGAUCGAAUGCAAAAUGCCAUGAAGAGGUUUGCAGUAGAUCAAAACUCGGUCAGUGCUUACAUAUAUCAUCGUCUCUUGGGCCAUGAUGUCGAACCACAAUCUCUACAUGCCCAAAUGCCUAAACGAUUCUCUGCUCCCAAUCUUCCUGAACUGAAUCAUUCUCAAGUAUUUGCUGUCAAGAGUGUCUUGACGAAGCCUUUGAGUUUGAUUCAGGGUCCUCCUGGUACAGGAAAGACAGUCACAUCAGCCACUAUAGUGUACCACUUGGCCAAAAUGAAUAUAUCAGGUCAAAUAUUGGUCUGUGCUCCGUCAAACGUCGCAGUGGACCAAUUGACUGAAAAGAUUCAUCGAACUGGACUGAAAGUCGUUCGAGUGACUGCCAAGUCUAGAGAAGCUCUAGAUUCAUCAGUCGAUUUCUUGACUCUUCAUGAGCAAGUACGAAAUAAUGAUAGUAUGCCUGAAUUGCAAAAGUUGUCUCGACUUCGAGAUGAAUUGGGUGAAUUGUCAUCAGCUGAUGAAAAGAGAUACAAGACAUUACGUCGCACUGCAGAAAGGGAUAUCUUAUCUGUAGCUGAUGUCAUAUGUACCACUUGUGUUGGAGCUGGAGAUGUACGAAUGUCUAAAUUGACCUUCCGUACAAUUCUGGUAGACGAAUCGACACAGGCUGCUGAACCAGAAUGUCUUAUACCACUGGUAUUAGGCGCUCGUCAAGCCAUUCUUGUAGGUGAUCAUCAACAGUUGGGACCGGUAAUCAUAUCCAAAAAAGCUGCCAAGGCAGGAUUAUCACAGUCUCUCUUUGAACGACUUGUAUUGUUGGGUGUGCGACCCAUUCGUUUACAAGUACAAUACCGUAUGCAUCCAUGUUUGAGUGAGUUUCCGUCAAACAUGUUUUACGAAGGAUCUCUACAAAAUGGUGUAACAGCACAGGAACGUAUAAGACCCUCGAUUGACUUCCCAUGGCCAGAAUUAGAAACUCCCAUGAUGUUUCAUUGCUCGUUUGGACAGGAAGAAAUCUCAUCAUCUGGUACAUCAUAUCUAAAUCGUACUGAAGCUGCCAAUGUCGAAAAAGUUGUGACGAGGUUGCUAAAAGCUGGUAUAACACCAUCGCAAAUUGGUGUGAUUACGCCAUAUGAAGGACAGAGAUCGUAUGUUGUACAACAUAUGCAGUUUGCUGGUAGUUUACGACGUGAAUUGUAUAAGGAGAUUGAAGUUGCUUCUGUGGAUGCCUUCCAGGGACGAGAAAAGGACUAUAUCGUAGUAUCAUGUGUCCGAUCGAAUGAACACCAAGGUAUUGGAUUCUUGAAUGAUCCACGACGUCUCAAUGUAGCAUUGACGAGAGCCAAAUAUGGAGUUGUUAUAUUGGGAAACCCCAAAGUAUUGUCGAGACAUCCAUUGUGGUAUCAGCUGUUGGUCAUGUAUAAGGAGAAGGGAUGUCUUGUUGAGGGUCCGUUGAGUAAUUUGAAGAUAUCGCAGAUUCAGUUGAUGAAGCCUCGACCACGUAAAGAUUUCAAUAAUGGAGAGUAUGGAUUGGCUGGAGCUUCGAGUCGACGAUUUGUGGUUGAUGCUAAAGAGCAUUUUGCAAAAGCGCCUUCUGCUCAAGACUUUCCACGAGGCAGUCCAUACCCACCACCACAGCAACAACAACGCUUCAACGCAUUCGAUAAUCCAUUAGCAUAUAUAGAUCCCAACCGUGUCAUAUCGCAAUCCCAAACCUUCCUCCCAGCACCUCCCAUGUCGAUACCCUUUUCACAAGCAUCCAUGACUUCAGGAAUGACGAUGGACUUCCCACCUCUUGGUACUCAAAACCUGGGUAAUAUUAGGUCACAGGCUCCCAUGUCGUCUUCAGCCUUCUCGCAACUACCGUUUACACAAUCACAACAGACGUAUUCGCAGUAUGAUCGGAUUAGUGCUGGUGGUGAUGUAAAUGGUGGUGGUAGCAGUAGUAAAGGAGGAGGAAAUCAACGUGGAGGGAAUGAUGAUUAUGCUUUGGAAGACUACAAGUCGCAGCAGGAGUGGAUGGUUAGUCAGGGUGGUGCUAGUGGGCCUGUAUCUCAAGGAGGCUUUACGCAAUAUUGA